AGCUGGUAUGCCGCUGAAAGGUCAAGCCAGUGCAGCAGACAAGAUGGAUGUGAAUCAGGCAAAACAAGAGCAUCUGCUCGCGUUAAAAGUGAUGAGACUGACCAAACCUACACUUUUCACGAACAUGCCGGUAACGUGUGAGGACCAAGAUCUUCCAGGUGAUUCGUUUAUACGACUCAUGAAAGACGAUCCGUCUACUGUGAAGGGGGCAGAAACACUAAUCCUUGGGGAAAUGCUCACCCUACCACAGAAUUUUGGAAAUAUUUUCCUUGGCGAGACCUUCUCCAGUUACAUUAGUGUGCACAACGACAGCAUUCAAGUGGUCAAAGACAUUCUCGUAAAGGCGGAUCUGCAAACGAGCUCCCAGAGGUUAAAUUUAUCUGCUUCAAACUCUGCAGUUUCAGAACUCAAUCCAGAGUGUUGCAUUGAUGAUGUGAUCCAUCAUGAAGUCAAGGAAAUCGGAACACACAUCUUGGUCUGUGCAGUCAGCUACACCACUCAGUCUGGAGAGAAACUGUACUUUAGGAAAUUUUUUAAGUUUCAGGUUCUCAAGCCUCUUGACGUAAAAACCAAAUUCUACAAUGCUGAGAGUGACCUCAGUUCAGUGACAGAUGAGGUGUUUUUAGAAGCACAGAUCCAGAACAUCACCACGUCACCAAUGUUCAUGGAAAAAGUGUCUCUGGAACCUUCUAUGAUGUACAACGUCACUGAGCUCAACAAUGUGACCUCUGCAGAUGAUAGCGAGUCUACGUUUGGGAAGAUGUCUUAUCUACAGCCCUUAGACACAAGGCAGUAUUUGUACUGCCUGAAGCCAAAGCCAGAGUUUGCUGAGAAGGCUGGCGUCAUAAAGGGGGUGACAGUAAUUGGCAAACUAGACAUUGUGUGGAAAACCAACCUUGGGGAGAGGGGACGACUACAGACCAGUCAACUACAGAGAAUGGCUCCUGGUUACGGCGAUGUCAGGCUUUCUCUGGAGCUCAUCCCAGACACUGUCAAUCUAGAGGAACCCUUUGACAUCACCUGUAAAAUCACAAACUGCAGUGAGAGGAUUAUGGAUCUGCUACUGGAGAUGUGUAACACUCGCUCCAUACACUGGUGUGGGGUUUCAGGCAGACAGCUGGGUAAACUCAGCCCCAGUGCCUCUCUCUCCAUACCUCUCAAACUCUUGUCAUCCGUUCAGGGUUUACAGAGCAUAUCAGGAUUGAGACUCACAGAUGUCUUCCUGAAAAGAACAUAUGAAUAUGACGACAUUGCACAGGUCUGUGUGGUGUGUCCUUACACAAGUCCAGAAAGCUAAAAACUCUGUGGAACCACAUCUCAUGUCUGUCUGCCCUUUUGUUCUAAUCCUUUAAGGUGGCUGUUUUAAAAUGUCAUUUUUAAAGCCCUUAAUCAUGAUUUUAAGUGUCUGUCAAUGUGAAUAAAACAGUUAAAUAAAAACUCAAAAGCAUUC